GCUCGCUUUUUUUUUUUUUUUUUUUUUAACGCGACCUCUCGCGGCCACUACGGCAAGUUUUCUUCGAGGCAAAAUGGCGGCUGGAUGUUGUGAGAAGUUAUAGCUGCUCUCAAUGUUUCUCGGAUUCCAUGCUCUUCAGCAGCAGCAGCGUGGCCCCUGUGCAGGGAGGGUGUCCCCAUGUACCAGUGCCUGAAAUUUGUGGACCGAUUCAUCCGCAAGGACCACAAGCCCGGACUGGGCUCCGCCGGAGGCUCAGGUGGACCAGCAGGUGCGGGGCAGGUGUACCACGAGCGGCAGGUGAAGGAGCUGUGCGCCCUGCAUGCUCUCAACAACCUGUUCCAGGACGGUCAGGCCUUCACCAAGGGCUCGCUCGACGACAUCUGCCACAGGUUCCUGUCUCCCGACCACCUCGUGAACCCGCACAAGAGCAUGCUAGGCCUGGGAAACUACGAUGUUAACGUCAUAAUGUCCGCUCUGCAGCUACGCGGAUACGAGGCCAUCUGGUUCGACAAGCGCAAGGAUCCGUCUUGCAUUGACCUGAACAAAAUUGUGGGCUUCAUCCUGAACGUGCCCAGCGAAAUGAAGUUCGGCUUCCUCCAGUUUCCCCUCAGCCGGAAGCAUUGGAUUGCCGUGCGCGAGGUCAACGGCACUUUCUACAACCUCGACUCGAAGCUUGAGGCACCAAUCCCCAUUGGCAAGUCUCAGGAGCUGCUCCAGUACCUGCGGGAGCAGAUCAAGUGCAAGGAUCGAGAGAUCUUCAUCGUGGUCACGCAAGACAUUGGCAGGGUCAAGGGCUGCUACAUCGAGACGUCAAAGCCGACGCCUCCACGGCAGCCAUCGCAGCAGAGCAUGGUGCCACGUGAACACACGUCGCGAACGAACUUCCGGUAGAAGUGAUGUUGCCGACAGAGUAUAGUGUGGCGGGACCCAAGUGUGCCCAACAGAGGAAUCGUCUGGACCCGAAAAGCCAGAGAGACGGGAAGCGGGAAAAAGGAGGGAACUCAGGACUGCUACCUCCCUUCCUCAUCGGGGUCCCUAGAUUCUACCGGACGUGGCUGUACCGUGUCGUCUGCUACAAGUGUCCUGUGAUGUCCGCCCCAGUGCACCAUCGGCUAGCAGGGUGCAUGUCGCCGCAUGCUAGGUGGUGAACUGUUUCUUGCCUGCCAGCCACGAAAAAGGCCUGGCUUCGGGAGCGCGCCCCGCAUUGCCGAAGUGAGCUUCAUCCGGUGUUCUUGUUCAUUGCCUAAGCAGACGCAGACUGUCGUCUGCUUUUUACGCGCUCGCGAGGGUGCGAGCAGCUCUUUCACAAGUCCUACACUUAACGUGCCUGCCCAGUGAAGCUGUCUGUGCUUUUGCCUUGCUUACUUUCUCUACCGACGGCACAGUGGCAGCCGAGAUUGUUUUUGCAGUUUGAAGUAGUCGCCCGCUGAUGAACGACGGUAAAAUUCGUGGCCAGUGCUUAACGCCGCGCUCUCCGCAGAGCCACGGCACGCACAAAGGCGCCAAUCAAAUGAACAAAAAAAAAAAAGCUUGAGCAGUGCCUCUGUGUGUGAACAGCAACGAAUCUCUUGUCAGCUAGCCCUAACUUGUCUCCGGUUGGUGGCGAGAGUCAAAGGCAUCACUGAAGCUGUGUUGUUUUGUUGAUUGGUUCCAAGUAAUCCAGUGCUUGCAAGUUAUCUCAGCAUAGUGGUUGUACCGAUGGCUGGGACUUUUGAUUUUAUGGAGUGGGAGCUCGAUUCAAAACGAUGCCCUGGGUGUUUUCGCAGAGGUGUUACACAUGCAUCAGGGAACCUUUUAACACUUCAUUGUGCCAUCAACGGUGUCAUUUGUUUUGUUUCUUCUUUUUGUAUUUUGUGUUACUUUUUAACCAGCAUCGAUCACUGCUAACAUGAGAAAUAUUGAAUCAAUGUAUGAAACUGCCGUUUUGUCUAUCUUAUGUGUUCGGGAGGCCGGCCUCAUCACAAUUAUAAAGCCCAAGGGGUUUUCGCAGCUGCCACAUUCUACGACAAGGCAUGAAGGGAUCCUGUGUCUUGAUCACGUCCACGUCACAGACAGCGUUUGCGUUGCUCUAAUCAGUCAUUCGCGUAGUCGCUGUGAAAAAGACAGGCCCGUUCGUAACGCCUGAAGUUGCACUGUCGCGGUGUUGAGUCCCGAUGUUAUGAUGAGAACAAAAUAUAUGUAAAUAACAGAGACAUAUGGGAAUUUUAAGGUUUAUGGAAAUAAGCACCGGUUUUUCUCCUGUACAUACACUUUGACUUUUGGAAGCUCUAUAAACCAAAAUCAAGUUCUGUGUUAAGCCUUAGCCUUGACAGCAGCACAGCCUUUGCCUUCAUGCAUGUCUGCAAAGAAGCCGCUUUGAGAACCGUACUGGACAUUUUCGUUAUGUUAAGCAUUAUUACUUGUAAUGCUGUUCGAGUGGUUUUGUCAGUGGAGACAUUAAAUUAGGGGGAAAUGGAAAUGUCUUAUCUAUCGCAGCCCAUUAAUUUGCCCUGACAGGAUAAGGCAGGAGAUACAUUGUGCAGUCCCGCGUCCGAUACAAUGCACUGCAGAUUUCAGACAUAGCUAUCCGACUACUGGAACCUGUCGGAUAGUUGUUGGAUGUGGCUCUUGGUACGACAGGUCGUGUGUUAGUUGGCAUGCUGAAUUGUACCAUGCGUCUUUUAAGCAGCUCUGUGUGCCAUAGUGGUAGAAGUGAUGCAGUGAUUGCGUAGGGGUGGACAGCCAGCGUCAGGUGACCACCAGUUAGCUGUUUUCAUCUGAUGGAGCUAGAAACUGGACUCCUGGAAAACCUUGAAUACUCUUACACUAACAAAACAUGACCACUGGCCCAUUUUUCUUGCUUUUCGUGGUAAUUGCAACAAUGUGGCGGUCUGGUGUUGCAUUCUCGGUUCUCUAGCUUCACACUGAGCAUUUUGCAGUACAGGAAUAACUUUUCUUAGCCUCUCUCAUGUUUCCCUUUCCCUUAUUUCUUUUUGUACAAUAUCAGGUAGCAAGAACUUUGUCUUCUUUCGAAUUCAAAGCCUGGCAGCAAUAAAAUCGCCGUAAAUUGUGAGGAAGGCAAUUCGCGGAAUAAUAUGGCAGUGACAGCCUCUUGCAAUGCGGCCUGUACAUGUAAUGUUAGCGCUUUGCCUAUGCGAAGUGCUUUUACCGAAUCACCUGUUACAUUGUCAAUUUGUUUCCUACUUCACGAGGAAAACUGCGAUUCAUUAUUCCGAGAAGUCUGCCUAGACAAAAUCGUGCCAAUCCUUUAUUUGAUUAUAUUUCUUAUUUAUUUAUACUUACUUUUCCCUUUUGUUGCAUGCAAUGUGUUGCACUCAUCUGCAACACCGUGUUGGCGAGCUGCACAAUGAAGCAGCCCCUGUAAAGUUUUCCUUUAUGAUUGCACUGGCACAUUAUGGUGCUGCUAUCGGUGAUGAAUGCUUGGAAACGAUAAGGUGUGAGCCAAAUGAAUCUGAAAUACUGACAAAGCAAACAGUUGUAUGCAAGAUAGCACAAAUGUGGCGAGCCCGUCCAGAACACACGAGCAGGUUAUUGACAGAGUUUCUCAUUCAAAAAUUUUUUAAAGUUUUUGUGCCACUGCCUCUACUUCAAUGUUGCCUUUGACACAUUUUUUUUUUCUUGACACCCUAAACACGUGCGUAUUGAUAGUGACCAGAAUCUUGUGAGACAAGGCGUGUGCCUUUGUGUCGGUCUUAAAAGUUGAUGCCGUCAGAAGGCGGCAAUCCCUGCCGACUAUAUGGAAUUGUAAGCUGGAAGCUCGGUGCAGUCCCAGUCAAGUGCUGAAGUGCACGAUUGUGAUACGAUAGAACCUCGAUGUAACGAAAACCGAUAUAACGAAUUAUUGGAUGUAACCGAGCAAAUUCAAUGUUUCUCGCCAAUAUCAGAGUUAACGAAUAUAUGCUUGUAACGAAUAUCGGAUAUAACAAAGGUAUUUUUAUGUCAGAUGCAACUUCAUUAUAACGAUGCUCGACUGCACUAUGUGUAUGAAGCCUCCCACAUUUUAGUGCGAAGGCCCUUUUCUAGCUGCUGGGACACUUAUUUUGCCAACAAUGUGCACUUUAAUGAUUACUGUGCAGUUUAUGUUUACCGCCGCUCUGCCUUGGUUGUGUGCCCCUGUUUAUAUUUUUAUUGUAUUCCACCGUUAUUUAUUUCAGGAUUAUCGUUGACAGCGAGUGCUUCUUACAAUGUCGCAAGUACUUUGCAGAGAGCCUGAAGUUUACAAUAGUAAAUAUGUAGGCCUGACCUAACUGGUGAGGGACACUUGAAGCAAGUAUCAAGUCAAUCUGAUGUUAUACAUUGGUGGAGCAAGGUGCCCAAAUUGUGUAACUUUUGCACGAGAACAGGGCUUUUGCAAGUGCAAAUAUCUUCCAUAAAUUGUUGAAAACUGUGCUUUUCUAAAGGGAGGCGGUAAUUACCUACUGAACUAAAAUCUUAAAAACCAGUAUAGCUGCAGUAUAGUAUAGCAGUUGCUACGUAGUUGCAAAUUCAUGGUUGCAACUCCACAGUUGCUAGGUGAACCGCGCGUUUUGGUGAAAGAGCCAGCACAGGGCUACCAAGAAGUAAAGCAUAACUCAUUUCUUUUCACUAUUUUUGUGUGCGUGUGUUCAGGCUCAUCUACAAGUGACAAAGGAAUUAACGCCAGUACUGCAAACACUGUACAUACGUUCGCGCUUUGCUUGAGCUAACGAAACGAAACAGUAGAUCACUGCUGUAAGGAGUCAGAGGAAUGUUCCUGGCUUCUUGGAUUACUCUGAGCGUCACAUCCACGCCCAUGCCCCCCUCUUUCUGAUGUGUACAUAUAUUUAGCAACGACACGUGUACAGAAAAAAGAUCUUGUAUGUGACGAGACGUUUUAGAGUAUUUUGCCUAAUCGAGGCUCUGCUCCUGUUGGCCGGCCUGCGAUGUUGCUUUAGCUGCGAGUGGCAAUUUUGUGCUUUUUACCGGUGGCAUAGCCUGCUUUGAUGAUGCUAGGACCUGCCGUGUGCAAUAGAUAAAUGAGGGUGUUGCAAAGAGUAACGGCAAAUAUCUGUGGUGCUUGUAAUAAUUUCACUCUUACAAAUACAUUUUCUCACGUUUUCAACCGUCCUUUUUUUUUUUUCAUUUUCCAGACAACUUCGCAAUGGUGCGUAAAAUUCCAUGUUCCAUCACAUAAAAUUGCCUUUUUCGCUAUGCUUUCAGCCAGAAAUCGCCCAGUUAUCAGACAUCUUCAGCGCUUUGAAAUCUCUGUCCACUUCAGUUUCGCCCAUAUGUAAAUGCUGUUGCACGCUCAUAGUUUUGCUGACACAAGACACGUGUAACCGGAGAUCUCUGGAGGAGGCCUCGCACCCACCAAACACAAAAGUCUGAUUGGUUAUCCGUUGUGUUAGAUAGUGCAAGGUCUUCCUGAUCAUGUGCAUCCUGCCUCCUAUUGCGAUGUGCCGACACCCUCUCUACGGGCACACCUUAUCCAUGCCUGGCAGUUCCAUAUGCCUGGCAUGUUUACUUCGAAAUGCAGAUCUAGUUUGCCGCUACUCUUUGACUUGCUCUCAUGGGAGGAUGAUUAUUAUUAAGGUCCGUUGAGGCAAAGUGAAAUUGUAUUACGCAAGGUCUCUCCGUGUCUCCAACUGUUUUGUACAAAAACAUUUUGGUGAUUUUGUAACCUUUCUGGUGCACAGUGCGAAUUUUUCAGGUAAAUACUAAGCAGUAAAAGAUAUGGGCUUGUGUUCCACUGCUAUGACCACUGCAGCUUAUGACUCUUUAUACUAGCAUGUGACAUUGGUUUCGGCGCUCUCUAAAGGUAGGCACUCCUGUGUUUGUGACCUACUGCCAGCAUGUGUAAACUGCUCACAGUUUGCCUUCAGUGACUGGAAAACAUGGUUCAACAUUUACAGUGCUUUGCAUUGUGCUUUACUGUGCUGGCGAUUGUAACUGAUCUGAAAUUUGGACUGCAGUGAAGUGAGAUGGCAAUUUUGGUUGACUUUCAUGAUUUCGUAAUAUACUAGCACAAAAUAAAUUGACAAUGGAUGGAAGCAAACACGCUUGCUGUGAACUGCAAGUUUUAUUGACUGGUGUGUAAAGAUUUGUGGCCUGUCCAUUGGGCCUUCAGUUGGUAGUCAGCGCAGCUGUGUGUAUCUGUCAAUUUUUUAUUUUUUUCGGUGCUGCUUUAAAUUUAUGAGGCUGUAUGAAACGAGCAUGCCACACUAGCAUGAAGAGAACGUUCAUUAAAGAUAAGUGUCCUAGCAGUAUAUUUAAGUCUGUCAGUUAUGCAUUAAAAGGGAGGUUAAACACACACAAAAAAAAGUUUUAAGCAAAUGGAAGCUGCCUCAUGCUGAUAUUUGUUUUUAUAACAUUGUAUAGUGACAUUUUUGGGUUGAUGACCUUCACUUGCAUAAAACUGCCAGUUCUUACUGUUCUCUCCCAGAACUUUCUCCCCAUUUUCUUGCUGCAUUUGCAGCUCAUAGCCCCAAGGAAAGUUGUGUCGUGUUAGUCGGACAUUUUUGUAAUGCUCAGCAUUAGCAAUCUUGCUUAGAUAUGCAAGCAUGAUAUUCCCGUUUUAACGGCAGAUUGGGGAGUGCAGAUACUAUUUCUUAAUUGGCUUGCAACAUAAGCUUGCUGUCUACACUCUUUAAUGCCCACAUGUCAGACUGAAAUUUUUAGGCAUUUGCAAAUAGCAUGCAUAGCAUCUUGUUAUUCUUAGCCUGGAGCUUGGCAAUGUUACAAACGAUAUCACUUAUCAAUGAUUUAUUGAUAGGGCCUAGCUGCAUGUCUUUUUCUGGAGUUCUAUAGCUUCACUUGCCAUCCUGAAGGGGUUUAACCACUAGUAAUCGUAAUGGGUGUACUGUGGAAUCUGGUUGAUACGAUCUUGACGGGAACUGGCUAAUAAAGAGUAUCAUUCUAAAAUCAUAUCCAACAUAUUAUCGGGAAAAGAAAAAAAAAAGUAUCAUUCUGAAAAACAUUACAGAGAAUCGUAUCAACGAGGUUCCACUGUACACCACGACUGCAUUUGUUUGAAUCUGGAAGUUACUUUAACACCGAAAUUUUGAAGUUAUCUGGUUCACAUGGGAGAGCUUUCAUUAAUUGCUGCUCUGUGAACAGUCCUAGCUGUAGGCACAGUCCAUGUCGAAAGUAAGAAACUGCAUGCAUGGCUGUAGUUGACUCCUAGCUGUGUCACAAGUGUGAAAGUCAUAGGAGAGUAUGGCAUAAUGUUCUUUGUUUCACUCUGCCUUACCACCAGGUGUUCAGAUGGCUCGAUUGUCAUGAUUAUGUAGGUGAAGGUGGUGUGCUAGUCCAGCUCUUGAUGGGGAAUUAAAAAAAAAGUUUUAUUGCUGUAGAAUUGUAGCUUUCUGGUGCUGAAAAGCUGUGGAGGCUGAUGGAGGCUGUGGAUGUUUGCCUCCCCUAACUUUUCAAGGCUUUCAAGCUUUGAAGCAGCUUGGGUUGACCUACAGUCGUGUGUGUUGUCCUAAUUACCUUUGACAAGGGCUGUACAUUGCGAAACGAUCGUUGCAGAGUGGAGGAACCUUUCUCGCUGUCGCUGGCUGAAAUUUCUUGCUGCAAAACAAAGCAUGCACACGUUCUUUCAGCAUGAAUCACUUGUCCCAAGAUGAAGCAUUGCAGUCGAGAGAGCCUGUCGGUUGAAAUGCAAUGCAAACUGCGCAUUACUCGGGAUCUUUGCAUUGUUUGGCCACGUAUUGCCAUAGUGAAAAGCUCUUUGAACCAAGACUGGGAACUGACCAAGCUGGCAUUUUACUCUUAAAAAGAUCUACUCACUGUAUAGGAGAAAACUGCCGGCAGCAUCUGCAUUAAAAAUGUUUUAUUUUUUCUCUUCGCA